AUGGUCCUGUCAACAAAAGAAGCUUCAAGAACCAGUGUGGCUUCCAGAUCCAAUGCGGCUUCCAGAUCGAAUGUGUCAUCCAGAUCCAAUGUGGCUUCCAGAUCGAAUGUGUCAUCCAGAUCCAGUGUGGCUUCCAGAUCGAAUGUGUCAUCCAGAUCCAAUAUUCAGGGAUCAGGAGCGUCAUCUGCUGUAGUACAAGCAUUUAAGAACAUUAAGGAUUUUAUGAUAAAAAGGGAACCCUCUCUCAAAGGCAAGAAUGAUGCUGAAAUAUUUCGUGAAACUCAGAAGUUAGCAGACAAACUGGUUGACUUGAUCAUCAAUGUGACUGAAAUAGAAGAUGAAAUUGAGGAUAUUAGUAAAAAGCUUCGUCAGCAAUGGGUGCCGUACAAGGAAGUCUUAUAUUUAUUUGAAGACAGAACGAAGCCGUGGCACAAAGCAAUAACAGCUUGUGAGGAUGAAAAAUCCAUGCUGAUUACUAUUGGAAGUCUUGAAGAGGAGGAGUUUCUAGAAAGAGAAACCAAUACUGCACAUCAAGACUCGUGGAUCGGUCUUCCUUAUAAGGAUGGGAAAUGGCAAUGGUAUAACGGUAUUAAUGUUGGAACCACUUACUGGAAGGCAGGUAUGCCGCAUGAUUUAGAUAACAAACGCUGUGCCAUCCUAAAAGCACAUUGCUCUACCCCCCAAAAAUGCUGGGAAAACAUUCCCUGUGAUAGACAAAAAAGAUGGAUAUGUAAGAAGAUGCCUGAUAAAAGGUGGUACACGUUAAACCCUUGA